GGCCGACCAUCCCGCCCCCUCCUUCCGGGCGGUUGCCCGGCAACCUCCUCAGCUGGAGCCGGGGUAGGCCGCAGCCUGCCUCUGCAGCGCCGGUUCGGCCGCCCCUGUAGAGGAGAGGAAGCAGCCAUGACUUCGCUGCGGGCUUUCACCUGCAACGACCUCUUCCGCUUCAACAAUAUCAACUUGGAUCCUCUCACAGAGACCUAUGGAAUUCCAUUUUACUUGCAGUACUUGGCGCACUGGCCAGAGUAUUUUAUUGUUGCGGAAGCACCUGGUGGAGAACUAAUGGGUUACAUUAUGGGGAAAGCUGAAGGUUCAGUGGCCAGAGAGGAAUGGCAUGGCCACGUUACAGCCCUCUCUGUUGCUCCUGAAUUUCGCCGGCUCGGUUUGGCUGCUAAGCUAAUGGAGCUCCUUGAGGAAAUAUCAGAAAGAAAGGGUGGAUUUUUUGUGGACCUCUUUGUAAGAGUGUCAAAUCAAGUUGCCGUGAAUAUGUACAAACAACUAGGCUACAGUGUUUACAGAACAGUGCUAGAAUAUUACUCUGCCAGCAAUGGAGAACCUGAUGAAGACGCUUAUGAUAUGAGGAAAGCCCUGUCCCGAGACACAGAGAAGAAAUCAAUUAUACCAUUACCUCAUCCUGUCAGACCGGAAGACAUUGAAUAAGUGGAGGUUGGUUAUUUAUUCAGUGUGCUGAAAAUAACAUUGGAGACAGCUGGAAAUAAUUUCAGAGGACACGGCAUCACUUAAAAAAAAGUAAUUAGGAGUCUUGGAGCAAUGAAGAGAGACUAUGCAGAUUUGAACUUUUGUUUUUAGGCUGUUUGGCAAAAUCUUCUAAUGCUGAUGCAAAGCAGACUUAUGACUUAAAUCUUUUGUUUCAGAUCCCAGUUGUUUUGAACUAUUACUAGACUUCCAAUUCUGAUGAAGUAUCACAUCAUCUUAUAGGGCUUGGGGUCUUAAAAUGAACAUGGAAAAAAAUAAAACCUGUAAAUGCAAACCUAUGUGCCUAUAAAUACCUUCAUUUCGUAGAUA